AAGAAUAGAGAACCGCCUGCCUCCUCAUCUGUUCUCUAAUGGCUGCCUCAUCUCUCUCCAAUCUCAUCUCCUUCUUCAUCCCUUCCUCCAAGCCACCUUCACUGUCGCCGCCUAAGCUUACCAAUCUCCAUCUCCCAUCCGAAACUAUCUCUUCCAAGGACAGACGCGGCGGCCUUCUUCCAAUUGUCGCGAACCACCGCUCAUCCUCUGAUGAUCUGUUGUCGUCGGUGGUAUGCCCGUCCCUGGCUUACGCCAACACUUUGUUUUUCCGGUCGGCCUACAACGUUCAGGUGAUUGUGGAAGAUAACGAGCCAGAGGAGAAGCUGUUGAAUCGAUUCAGGAGGGAGGUCAUGAGGGCCGGCAUCAUCCAGGAAUGCAAACGCAGGAGGUUCUUUGAGAAUAAGCAGGAUGAAGUUAAACGCAGGACCCGCGACGCCGCCAAGCGCAAUCGCCGAAGACGAACGAUGUUUAGGGGUCCAGCGGCACAGGAAAGACAAGAAGGCAGCAACGGUACCACCCCGAAAGCCCAGAAAGAUACAGGAGAUGAUGAUAACUGGGAAGUUCCUGAAAACCUUCCCUAGACACUGUUGUUAUGUAUUGUAAGAAUGUAUUGUAAGAAUGUAUGUAUGAACCCUAAAAGGCUUUCCAUUUUAUCCAUAUAAUUUUGGCUUUGGCUUUGUAGAUGAAUUAUGGAAAGAGUGAUUGGAGUUUUAUUGGA